GGGUACAGGAUACCUCACCGGCUCGCCGCACAGCCAGCUUCCUAGCUCGCGCGGCCGCAUCGCGAAGUCGCAGCUGGCCCGCCGAAACGAGACGAGUCCUCGGCCGCCGUCCUAUCCUGCCGCCGAGCUGCCCGCGCCCACUUGGCCCCUCGGAUCCUCACCGGCGGCUGGAGACCACUCCUCGGCCCUGGACGUACCCAAUUUCUGAUUUCUCCGCUGCCUCAUGUCUCUGACCGCCUUCGCCGCCACCGCUGCCUUCUACUCCCCCGCGCAGCUGGUACCGAAAUGGCCGUGUAGGCUACCUAAGCCGGCCAGGGUCCGCCGCCGUCUGGUGGUGCGGGCAGACGUCAAGGUCAUAUCUACGGGUGAGGCCUGCCGCCGCGGGCUUGCCGCCGGCAUCGACAAGCUUGCCGACGCCGUUGCGGUCACUCUCGGUCCCAAAGGGAGGAAUGUUGUUAUCGACCAAGAUGAUGUCCCUAAAGUAAUUAAUGAUGGUGUCACAAUUGCCAAGGCCAUAGAACUUCCAAAUGCACUUGAGCAUGCGGGUGCCAUGCUACUUCAAGAGAUAGCAUCCAAGACAAAUAGUUCUGUUGGCGAUGGAACAACAACAGCAAUUGUUUUGGCCCGAGAAAUCAUCAAUCUUGGGUUGUUGGCAGUUGCCACUGGUGCUAACCCAGUUGCCUUGGGAAAGGGUAUUGACAAAGCUGUUCAUGAACUGAUUAAGAUCUUGAAGACUAAAUGUAUCCCAGUGAGUACAAAGGAGGACAUAAAAGCUGUUGCUACAAUAUCAUCUGGCAAUGAUGAAUAUGUUGGCAAUCUCAUUGCUGAUGCAUUGGAGAAGAUAGGUCCUGAUGGGAUAAUCAAAAUCGAGUCAUCGUCAUCCAUAUAUACUACAGUCGAGGUGCAGGAAGGGAUGAAGAUAGAUAAGGGUUAUGUUUCUCCACAUUUCAUCACAAAUCAAGACAAAGCAAUCGUUGAAUUUGAAAAUGCUAGAGUCCUUUUAACCGAUCAGCGGGUGAAUGAAGUCCAGGAGAUACUUCCUUUGCUGGAGAAGACCACACAGUUGAGUGUCCCUUUGUUAAUUAUUGCUGAGGAUGUGUCACAUACAGUGUAUUCAACCCUGGUUCUUAACAAACUGAAUGGAUUGCUAAAUGUUGCGGUUGUUAAAUGCCCUGGUUUGGGAGAUGAAAAGAAGGCUAUUCUCCAAGAUAUUGCUAUCAUGACAGGUGCAGAUUUCUUUGCUAGUGACCUUGGCUGGGGUCUUCAAGGCAUUACAUCUGAUCAGCUAGGUAUGGCUCAGAAGAUCACGAUAACGAGUGAAUCUACAACUAUCAUUGCGCAUCCUUCUAUGAGACCAGAGAUUGAGGCCAGAAUCAUGCAAUUGAAGAAAGAUGUGGAGGAGACAACAAGUUCCUAUCUAAAAGAGAGGUUCUCUGCAAGAAUUGCUAAACUCUCAAGAGGUGUUGGAGUUAUCAAGGUCGGGGCGCCCACUGAAGCUGAACUCGAGGAUAGGAAACUGAGAGUGGAGGAUGCAAAGAAUGCAACUUUUGCAGCCAUUAGUGAGGGCAUAACUCCUGGCGGUGGUGUGACAUAUGUUCAUUUAUCAAAGCAUAUUCCCAGUAUCAUGGAUCUUGUGGAUGACCCGGAAGAGAAGAUCGGUGUAAAUAUAGUUGGGAAGGCACUUCUUGUCCCUGCUAUGACAAUAGCUCGCAAUGCUGGGGCAGAUGGUUCAGCUAUUGUAGAGAAACUUCUUGCCAGUGAGUGGCGAGUUGGGUACAACGCAAUGAGUGGCAAGUUUGAAGACCUUGUUGACGCUGGUGUGGUAGACCCAUGCAGGGUUGCAAGAUGUGUGCUUCAGAACUCUGCCUCUAUUGCAGGACUAAUUCUUAUGACCCAAGCUAUGAUGUUUGACAAAAUAAAGAAGAAAAAGUCGCCCAUUCCCGAAAUUCCUGGCAUUCCACCAUUACAGAUAAGUCAAAAGGCUAAGGUUUGAGCUAUUCUUAUGCCGCCAUUGAAGAACGAAUGGCGAUGGUAGAUCGUUUUUGGCCCUGAUGUGCUUGAUUGGAUAAGUCGAGCUAGGAAUCAGAAUGCGGCCCCUUGGAGAUGAUAAUCAGAUAGAGCUAUUGGUUCUGGUAUGGAUGCAAGAUUUGCUGAUGCAACUAGGAGGGAGUACCAUUGGUCUCAACUGCCAAACCAUGUGUGUAACAAAGUCAGCGAAAUGCCUUAUUUUAGCCUUAGCCUUUUUCUCUUCUUCCUUGUUUUGGCGCUAGGUGCAUUAUUGUGAUAUCUGCAUAAUUCGGCAAUGAUAGAGACGAUAGCUAAACAACUCUGCGAAUCUGGUGGCAUUUCAGAAGCCAGCUCAUUUUUUAGCCUUGUACUUUGAUACAUUUAUGCUUAAGUAUGACCUGUUGGCUGA